UGCCGAACAUCUGCGCCUUCCGACCACGUGGUCGCACUGCAGCGCACACGCCGGAGAGGCGAGGUCCCACGUCUGUCCCAGCUCAGUACAACCGGAGCGGCGCGUGCUUUAUGCGGCUGCUUCUCGUAGCUCUCCGCGUUUCACGUGCUCCGCCAGCACCGGGGGGAAAGAGGCGAGGCGCUGCUCUCCUCGGCCUCCCCCAACCAGGACACUUUGCCCUGCGUAGGCAGUUCAGGACUAUGGACACCGGCGACAAGGCACAAGAUCUCCAGAGCGUCGUUACCGGACCGGGAACCGGUUCUGCAGCCGCCGUGGCUCCCGUGGAGGUUUCGCCAUCUGCCCCUGCAGCCGCAACCAGCCAGGACACUGCAGCAGUGCCGGGGUUGUUGCCAGGGGAGACUGUUGUCAAGGAGGGCAAGGCAUCCAUUUGGUUUCCAAGUGCCAAUGAAGUGUUCUACAAUCCUGUGCAAGAGUUCAACAGAGAUUUAACAUGCGCGGUGUUGACGGAAUUCGCUCGGGAGACGCUCUCUCUGAGAGGUGCACGUGUCGUCGUGCCGGGCGAGAAGGAGCGAGUCGUGGUUUGCCUGUCUGACGAAAAGAACGGGACAAAAGGCGAGGAAGCGUCCGUGCCGCAGGAGGAAGAGGAGCGGAAAGAGGCGUGCCUUAGGACCGCCUCGGUCGGGGAGCGGUGUGAGGAAGGAUUGCGAGUGCUUGAGGGAUUGGCUGCCUCAGGGCUGCGCUCCAUCCGAUUUGCUCUCGAGGUGCCGGGACUUAAAAGUGUCACAGCGAAUGAUUGCUCAGCUAAAGCUGUCGCCCUCAUCGCUCGCAACACGCAGCACAACGGUGUCUCGCACCUGGUGCAGGCCAGUCAGAGAGAUGCCAGCAUGGUGAUGUAUGAGGCAAGAGGGAGGAAUGAGCGCUAUGACGUCAUAGACCUGGAUCCAUACGGAAGCCCCUCCCCGUUCCUGGAUGCCGCUGUUCAGGCCGUCAGCGAGGGAGGGCUGCUCUGCGUCACGUGCACAGACAUGGCGGUAAUGGCAGGGAACAACGGCGAGACCUGCUACAGCAAAUACGGCUCCGUCUCUAUCAAAUCAAAAUACUGCCAUGAGAUGGCUCUGCGGAUAAUCCUGCACAGUCUGGACGAGAGAGCGAACGUGUACCAGCGCUACGUGGAACCGCUGCUGAGCGUCAGUGUCGACUUCUACAUCCGUGUCUUCGUCAGAGUCAGAACCGGCCAGGCCAAAGUUAAGAACUCAGCCAGUAAGCAGGCUCUGGUGUAUAACUGUGUGGGCUGUGGUGCCUUCCACCUCCAGAGGAUGGGCAAGAGCAUGUGCCAGGGCAAACAUAUGAAGUACUCUGCUGCCACAGGGCCUCCAGUAGGUGUAAGCUGUGAACACUGUGGUCAGAGACACCAGCUCGGAGGUCCGAUAUGGGCAGAACCCAUCCACAAUAUGGAAUUUGUUCAGAAAGUCCUAGCAGCGGUUUCAGGAAACCCAUCUCGCUUUGGGACAUCCAAGCGCAUAGAAGGAAUUCUCAGCAUGAUCACUGAGGAGCUGGAAGAUGUUCCUCUGUAUUCUACCUUGGACCAUCUGAGCAGUACACUCCACUGUAAUACACCCUCCAUGCUGUUGUUCAGGUCUGCACUGCUGCAUGCUGGCUACAGAGUGUCUCUGUCUCAUGCCUGUAAAAACGCUGUGAAGACCGAUGCCCCCGCUGGGGUGCUAUGGGACAUCAUGCGCUGCUGGGAAAAGAACAACCCAGUGAAGAGAGAGAAGUUAUCAGAGACCAGUCCAUCUUACCGGAUCCUCUCCACAGAACCAGUCCUGCAGGCCUGUUUCGACAUCCGAGCGGACGCCAACCCGCAGUCCCGUAAACGGCACCUCACGCGCUUCCAGGAGAACCCUCAAGCCAACUGGGGCCCCAAAGCCCGCGCCAAAGCAGGGGGCGGCAUAUCCACAGAGCUUGAAGAGAGAAGGAAACAGUUUCAGGGCAAGAGGAAGUGCCAGAUCAGCGACUCCUCUCAGCUCAAGAGCUUCCCCUGUAAAAAGUUCCGGAAGGGUACCUGCACCUACGGCGAGAAGUGCUGUUACUCCCACACUCCUGAGAAGUCACCUAGCCCUGGAGACGCAGCAGAAGGAUGACUUAAUUUUUCUUCUAUAAUUUUUUGUUAAACAUGCACCUCAGCCUUAUUCCUUUAGGCCAAUCAGAAAUCCUGUGUGGGGUCACAGAGAUUGAUGUGUUUUUUUUAGUUUAGGUCUAUGUUAAAUGACACGGCUAAACAGGAUGCGGUCGUUGGUGAGAGUUGGUGCGGGAUAUUUGCUUUUACGCGCAUGUCUUAUUUUUGCCCGACUAAUAAACUCUCGGCGUGCCUGUC